AUGACGACCGAAAAUGUACACCCCGGAGGCCAGCCCGCGGGCAGUGAGCCCCGGGAUGAGGAGAAGCACGUAUCAGAAAAGGUUGUCGAAGGAUGCGACGUCGGUGUUGUCGCCCUCACCGGCGCCGUGUCUCACAUUGAUCCAGACGGCCCCGAGGCCAAGAGAGUCUUGCGAAAGAUUGAUCUUCACCUCAUGCCAUUGUUGAUGAUAACUUAUAUGAUCCAGUUCCUCGACAAGUCCUGUGUCUCUUAUGCCGCUCUCUGGGGCAUGAAGGAGGACGCCCACCUCGUAGGAUCCGAAUACUCGUGGCUGACAACCAUCUUCUACCUUGGCUACCUCUUCUUUGAGUUCCCCGUCGGUUUCCUCUUCCAGCAUUUCAACAUUGCCCGUACCUGUGGCAUCUUCAUCACCCUAUGGGGUCUUGUACUGCUGUGCAUGACGGCCGCCGACGAUUUCGCUGGCCUUGCCACGGCUCGAUUCUUCCUCGGCGCCCUCGAGUCCGGCGUCUCGCCUUGUUUCGUAUUGAUGACGACCAUGUUCUACAAGAGGAGCGAACAGCCCCUGAGAACAGGUAUUUGGUUCUCGAUGAACGGAGUAGCGCAGAUUCUGGGUGGCCUGAUUGCGUACGGCAUUGGAUACAUUGACUCGGCGCUCCCGUCAUGGAAGUACCCCUUUGUCAUCUUUGGCUCGGCAACCAUUCUUUGGGGUCUAGUCUUCACCUUCUUUGCGCCAUCGAACCCAACCAAGGCGUCGUGGCUGACAGCCGAGGAGAAGGAGAUUGCCGUCCUUCGCCUGCUCGAGAACGAGACUGGCAUCGACAACAAAACCAUCAAAUGGUAUCAGGUCAAGGAGGCCCUCUUGGACACGCGCUUUUGGGUCAUGAACUUGUACAUGCUGGUCAAUUGUAUUCCAAACGGCGCCAUCACCGCCUUUGGCCCGCUCAUCCUCAACGGCUUCGGAUUCACCAAGUUUCAGGCAACACUACUGGGUAUGCCAACGGGCGCCACGCAGGUGAUGGCUCUUUGGAUUGCUGGAUACUUGGCGGCAAAAGUCAAUGGCUGCAGACACUUUUUGAUGAUCGGAGGUAUUCUGAUUGCCAUUCUUGGGUCCAGUCUCAUCUAUGGUCUUUCCGAUGAGCAGCGUGUCGGGCGCUUGUUUGGCUACUACAUCAUUGUCGGAUUCAGCGUGGCGUUUGUCCAGGGUCUUGGUAUAAUCCAGGCCAAUGUUGCGGGACGAACAAAGAAGAAUGUCUUUACGUCUUCUGUCUUUGUCAGUUACUGCAUUGGCAAUUUGAUCGGACCUCAAGUCUUUUUGGAAAGGGAAGCCCCGCAGUACCGCACUGGAUUCGCUGUCAUCAUUGGAGCUUUUGCAUUCCAGCGCGAUCGUGCCGCGCAAAACCAGGAAAGUUCAUUCGAUACUGAGCAAAGUCUCUCGGAUCUGACGGAUAAAGAGAACCCGCACUUCCGCUACGUGCUCUAA